AUGCAACUCUCAAAUGUACUCAGACUCGUCGCUAUCGUGGCUGUCGGCGCCCCCGCGCUAGCCAAGCCCGUCAGCAUCCCAGACGAGACCAGCCUCGCUGCCCGCAACGUCGACCCUGCACACGGAGACGCCGCGCCCGUUACCGAACCCGUGAGCAGGGAUCCCAUCGAAGUUGCCCAGGAAGACGAGGAGGAGGUGAAGGAGGAGGAGAAGAAGCCCGAGGUCGUGGCACGCGACGUCAAAACCAGCAGUAGCAGCAGCAGCAGCACCCCAGCCCCAGCACAGCCCGAAAACCACGUCCGACGUGGCUUGUUCAGCUUUGCCAGCAAGCUUGCGAUCCCAGGACCCGUGGGCCUUGCCCUCAAGGGCGGCGCGCUACUGCAAAACGGACUCAAGCUGGCCCGGUUAGGAAAGGGCGCACGAGUCGCCAAGGCCGCUACGGUGCCCAAGACAGCUGCCAUGCGUGGGGGAAGCUUCUUCCGCAGACCGAUGCUGCGCAGACCAAUGCUGCGCAGACCAAUGAUGGGCGGACCGCCGAUGCGGGGAGGCUUACCGCCCGGUGCACCACCGCCGGGCGCAAUGAUGCGAGGAGGAGUUCCGCCACCCGGAGGCAUGGCACCGGGGGCAAUGAUGCGAGGAGGAGUCCCACCACCCGGAGGAGGCAUGGCACCAGGGACGAUGAUGCGCUCGGGACCGUUGCGCAGACCAAUGAUGCGCGAAGGCCCAAUGAACCCGCAGACGGCCGUCACGGGCGCAGCAGCAAUGGCACCGGGAGCCGCCGGCCAGGGCGUCGGCCAGGGGGCAGCGGGCUCCGCGGCGGCGAUGGGGGGCCAGGGGGCGGGUGGUGGAAUGGGCGGACCGAUCGCGGCUGGCAUGGCGGGAGGCGGCUUCCUGGGCGGUGCGGCCGCCGGAGCCACCCUGGCCGGCAGCAUGGGCAUCGGAAUCCCGAUGAACGCCGGCAACUGUCACUGCCUGCCGCCCAUGGGGCGCUCGUCAAUGAGGCUUCCGCAAAUGGGGCGUCGAGACCUCGAGAACCUCAAGCGCCGGCAGAUGGAGGGCCAAGGCGAAGGCGGAGGCCAAGAAGGAGGAGGAGAGUGCCCGCCCUGUCCUGAGGGCCACAGUCGCUUCUCCCUGUUCCCUCAUGGUCAACAGGGCGGCGGCAUGCUCCAACAAGCUCAACAGGGCGGUGGUAUGCCCCCGAUGCCCUUUAGGCCACAACAGCCUGGGAUGAUGUGA